AAAGGAGUGUUGGCCGUCAUGGCAACCGAGUUAAACGUUUUUACGACAACAAGAUGACUUCAAAUCCCUUUCUUUUACCGAAAUUUGAAAAUAUAUUUGAGUUGAAAGAUACAAAAAAGGAAGAAAAACUUAAGAGGACAAAAGAACUUGCAAAGUUGAAAGUUUAUCAAAAGAUUCAACUUCAUAAGAAAAAAAAAUCAAGAAGGUCAAUUCUGAAUGAAUUAAAACCAGUAAAUGAAACGAAUACCUCGGAUGCCAAUAAUGUGGCAUUUAUAUUGCAGAAGACAAAAAGGCAGUUUACUGACAGAGAAACUAGAGACCAGUUUAUUGCUAAUAGGAGAGAAAUGUUUUUUCUAGAGUACCUUAUCGCAGUACAGCGCUCAGAGCUAAAAAGGCUGGAGGAAUUGGCAUCACAUGAAGAUCUCAAGCUUGAGCUUGCAGAGCAAUGUUUGGAACAAGACGCGGCCCUUUUUGACGAAUUCCUCAAGGAAAACGACAAGAGUUCCGUGGAAGCAGUGGCUAACUCUGAACAGGAGUCUCGCAAACGUGCUAUGAUGGUUGAUAGAAUUAAACAGUUGACAAUACACAAAUCACAAAUCAAUGCAGAAAUCACUAAACUGAAAGAAACUGUAAAGGAUUAUAAAUAUUUUAAGGCAUUUCUUGAACGUCUGAUUCCAGAACCAUACAAUUCACAAAGGCAAACAAUUAGAGAUGAUAAAAAGCAACUCAAAUAUAAGCAGAAAUCCCAACUUCAAAACAUAACUUUAAAACCAUCAUCAAUAGCUUCAAAUGAAAAUUCAGUACGAAGACCAUCAUUUGUCAUUACUAAACGAUCAUCAUUGAGACCAACAACAAAUAAAACAUUAUCAGUGGAGUCGAAACUUUCAAGACAAAUUACACCGUAUGAAAGUUCUAGUAGUGAAGACAGUGAUGAAGAAGUUUACUUUAAGGAUCCAAUUCAAAUAUUAACUAUCUUACGUGACUUAGAAGAGACAAAUCUACGUUUAAUUCAACACUGUCAAGAGUCAGAUGAUUCAGUUGAAAUAUUACGUAAUCAGGUGAAUGAAACUGUGGAUAAUUAUGAGAAAGAUAUACACAUUUUAUCACAACACCAGACAUUUCUUAAAGGUGCUAUUGAUGCAGAACAAAACAAGACUCAGUAUUUCAGUUUAAGUAUGAGUGAUUUUUUAUUUGCCGGUUAUAAUUCAGAACAACAGAAGUUAGUUCUAAAUGAUUUACAUGAGAUUAUUACAGAAGUGUAUCGUGAUACAAUAAGAAAAUCAGAUACACCUUUAAGUUCAAUACAAAUGUUAUAUGAAAUUGAAGUGAAACUGACUGAUUUACUUGAAAUACUACAAACUUUACCUGAAGAUGAAGUUAAUGAAGUAAAACAAGCUAAAGAAAUUGAACAUAGGCAACAAAUUAAAGAGGAUAAAAAGUAUCAACAGCGUUUAUAUCAAGAGGAACGUAUACAAAAAGCAUUAGAACGUGCUAAAGCUGCACCGAAAAAACAAACUGGGCGUAGAUUAAUGACUCGAUCACAACCUCCUGUUAUACAUAAAUCAGAUGAUGGAAAACUUGAUGCAAAAGCUAAAGAAAUGAAAGAAUUGGCAUUCCUUUUCGAAUAAGAUUAUGUUUAUGAAAUGGGGGUCUUGUUUAUUCUUGGCAUAAAAAAUAUAUAUACUAUGUCAAUUUAAAUAUUUCAAAAUAUAUUUUAAACCUAAUUGAUAUAUAUAAAUAUGUAUUAAAUAAUUAAAGAAUCGACUAACCUAUCUAAUUUCUUUUUCUUUUUGUUAACAUACGCUUAACAGUACAUUACAGAAUUCGAUCUAGU